GCAAGUAUCUAGGCACCAAUAGGCAACCACAUUUAACUGCUCUGCAUUGAAAAAAGAGGGUGAGCUCAAGAACAAAGAAAAAACCAACCAGUGACAACUGUUUUCUUCUUUUAUAGUAAGCUUUUUAUGUGUUUUUAACUUGUAAGGAAUAAAGUUAGAGGGGUGGGAAAAAGAACCUUGCUUUAAGAAGGCAGGUCAAGAAGAGGUAUUCAUAGUUAUGAAUUUGAAGGGUGUAAUGUGUAAUGUGGUAGUGGUGGUGGUGCUGUUGAGUUCUUUGGUGGGUUAUGGUACAGCUUCUGUUUCAUAUGACCAUAAGGCUAUUGUUGUUAAUGGCCAGAGAAGAAUACUUAUUUCUGGAUCCAUUCACUACCCAAGAAGCACUCCUGAGAUGUGGCCAGAUCUUAUUCAGAAGGCAAAAGAUGGAGGUUUGGAUGUAAUUCAGACAUAUGUUUUCUGGAAUGGCCAUGAACCUCAGCCUGGCCAAUAUUACUUUGAAGACAGAUAUGACCUGGUGAAAUUCGUAAAAUUAGUGAAGCAAGCUGGUCUCUAUGUUCAUCUCAGGAUUGGUCCCUAUGCUUGUGCUGAAUGGAACUUUGGAGGAUUUCCUGUUUGGUUGAAAUAUGUUCCAGGUAUCAGUUUCAGAACUGAUAAUGGACCUUUCAAGAGUGCCAUGCAAAAAUUUACAACCAAGAUAGUGAAUAUGAUGAAAGCAGAAAGGCUGUAUGAGUCUCAGGGUGGUCCUAUAAUAAUGUCUCAGAUUGAGAAUGAAUAUGGACCCCUGGAGAACGAAUUUGGUGCUGCUGGUAAAGCUUAUACAAAAUGGGCAGCUGAGAUGGCUGUGGGUCUAGGCACCGGAGUUCCAUGGGUCAUGUGCAAGCAAGAUGAUGCCCCUGAUCCAGUUAUCAAUGCUUGCAACGGUUUUUACUGUGAUUAUUUCUCACCAAACAAAGCAUAUAAACCAAAGAUGUGGACUGAAGCCUGGACGGGCUGGUUUACUAAUUUUGGAGGUGCAGUCCCAUACCGUCCAGCUGAAGACCUAGCAUUUUCAAUUGCGAGGUUUAUACAGAAGGGUGGAUCUUUUGUUAAUUAUUAUAUGUACCACGGAGGAACAAAUUUUGGCAGGACCGCUGGUGGUCCUUUUAUUGCUACUAGUUAUGAUUAUGAUGCUCCUCUCGAUGAAUAUGGGUUACUAAGGCAACCUAAAUGGGGUCAUCUAAAAGAUCUGCACCGAGCAAUAAAAUUGUGCGAGACAGCGUUAGUGUCGGGAGAUCCCACUAGGAUAGUACUGGGAAGCUAUCAUGAGGCUAAUGUUUUCAAAUCAAAGUCAGGAGCUUGUGCCGCGUUUCUUGCAAACUACGACAGAAAUUCUUUUGCUAAAGUGGCUUUUAAUAAUAUGCAUUACAACUUACCUCCUUGGUCUAUCAGCAUCCUUCCUGACUGCAAGAACACGGUUUAUAAUACAGCAAGGAUGGGUGCACAAAGUGCACAAAUGAAGAUGACUCCUGUUAGCAGAACAUUUUCUUGGCAAUCAUACAAUGACGAGACAACAUCUUACGAAGAUAAAACAUUUACAGCAGUUGGAUUGUUAGAACAAUUAAAUACCACCAGAGAUGUUUCUGAUUAUUUGUGGUACAACACAGAUGUCAAGAUCAACUCUAAUGAAGGGCAUUUAAGAGGUGGGAAGUGGCCUGUUUUAACAGUCUUCUCCGCUGGUCAUGCUUUGCAUGUUUUCAUCAAUGGUCAACUAACAGGAUCUGUAUAUGGAAAUAUCGACAGCCCAAAAGUAACUUUUAGUCGCAGUGUGUAUCUAAGAGCUGGCUUGAACAAGAUUUCAGUAUUAAGCAUUGCUGUCGGCCUCCCGAAUGUAGGUCCACACUUCGAGAGGUGGAAUGCUGGAGUUCUAGGUCCAGUUACUCUCAAUGGGCUUAAUGAGGGAAGAAGAGAUUUAACAUGGCAGAAAUGGUCUUACCAGGUUGGCCUGAACGGUGAAGCUUUGAGUCUUCACUCUCUUACUGGAAGUUCUACUACUGAGUGGUCUGAAGGUUCAGUUGUAGCUCAAAAGCAACCACUGACAUGGUACAAGACAACUUUCAAUUCUCCCAGUGGAAAUCAGCCAUUGGCUCUAGAUAUGAACAGCAUGGGUAAAGGUCAAGUAUGGAUAAACGGGCAAAGCAUUGGACGCUACUGGCCUGCUUAUAAAGCCUCUGGUACCUGUAGUCAAUGUAGUUAUACUGGUUGGUUUAAUGAGAAGAAAUGUCAAAGUAAUUGUGGGGAGGCUUCCCAAAGAUGGUAUCAUGUGCCUCGAUCAUGGCUGAAGCCCACAGGAAAUCUGAUGGUUUUAUUUGAAGAAUUGGGUGGAAAUCCUUAUGGUAUCACAUUGGUGAAAAGAGAAGUAGCAAGCGUAUGUGCUGAUAUUUAUGAAUGGCAGCCAAACCUAAUGAAUUAUGAAAUGCAACACUCUGGUAAAGUGAACAAGCCCCUGCCGCCAAAAGCCCACCUCUCGUGUGCAUCUGGACAGAAAAUCUCAUCAGUCAAAUUUGCCAGCUUUGGAACACCCUUAGGUUCUUGCGGAAGUUUCCAAGAGGGAUCUUGUCAUGCUCACAAGUCCUAUGAUGCCUUUGAAAGGUACUGCAUUGGGCAAAACGCAUGCUCAGUAACUGUAGCACCAGAACUUUUUGGAGGUGAUCCAUGUCCAAAUGUCAUGAAAAAGCUCUCAGUAGAGGUGAUCUGCAGUUGAUGCUACAAAGGAACCCCAGCAAGCCACAGAGCUUAUACGACCAUCUUAAUUAUUUCUACCAUUCCAAGUUAAAUAGUUGUCUCAAAAUAGCUACCACACCUCCAUGAUCACCAAAUUCUUUGGCUUUGUCAUGUCAUAGUGAAGUUGUACAGAUAUACAACACACUGUGCUCCAAAGCUAAUACAGACUAUCAAGAUUAUUGCAGAAACAGUUGAUGUAUAUAAUGUAGUGUUAUCUUCAAAGUUGUUGCCUGCGGAUGCAAAAGAAAAGGACGGGGCAGGAGCUCAAGAAGCCAUUCGGACAGUUACUGAAUCCAUGAGCAAACAGUAGUAAAGCUUCUGGAUUUUCAGACUAAGAUAUUAUGCAACACGUGUUAUUUCUCGCAAUUUGUAAGCAAUUGUCUCAUUGCUUUCUAUAUGAAAAUUGUGAUUAUGUCCUUGGGGAAAAGCUUGGACAACACAAAGCUCUUUAGUACUAUUCUUUUCUCUUGGUUAUUGAAUUGAAUGCUUUCAUAGUGGUUA